UUCCUUCACGCGAGUAUAAAAGCUGUCUCCGGGUGACAGCAGAACACUGAUUCCCUCUCCAGGUUCUCAGUUUCUGUUGCAGCCAUGUUGGUUUUCUCUUGGUCUGUCGCCGUCCUGCUGCUGGUGUCGUCCACCUGGGCUGAGCAAGAUGCUGCUGCCUUCGAGGAGGACACAUCCAAGGAGCUUUCUGUCAGCGAACUGCUGGAGCGCGCCAACAGAGACCGCACCCCUGACUUUGAUGAGCCCACCCUGAUCGGAGGAGACAUUGCCAUCAGGUCGGAGGCGGACAGAAACGCCGACCCCUGCACCUCCACAGGCUGCCUGUGGCAGAAGUGGAGCGAUGGGAAAGUCUACAUCCCUUACUACAUUACCAACCACUUCUCCUCCCGAGAACAAGCCAUCAUCAUUCGUGGACUAGAGUCGUUCUCUUCAGUUUCCUGCAUUCGUUUCAGACCAUACCAGAACGGUGACCACGAGUGGCUGAGCAUCGAGUCCAGGAGCGGCUGUUACUCCUUCGUGGGUCGUCAGGGCGGUGGUCAGACAGUGUCUCUGAGUCGUCAGGGCUGCCUGUACCACAGCACCGUCCAGCAUGAGCUGCUCCACGCCCUCGGCUUCAACCACGAACAGACUCGCUCCGACAGGGACAGCUACAUCAAGGUGUACUGGGAAAACAUCAUCGACGACAUGGUGUACAACUUUAACAAGAUUGACACUCUGAACCAGGGGACUCCUUAUGACUACAACUCUGUCAUGCAAUAUGAGAGGUACGCCUUCUCCAAGAACAACUAUCCCACCAUGGUGCCCAUUCCCAACAGCAACGUGUCCUUUGGCCAGGCCACCCAGAUGAGCAAGAAUGACAUCGACAGGCUGAACAGGCUGUACCAGUGCUAAACUCCACGCGACUAUUGACCAGCUGCCCGGAAGACGUCAGCGCAGACGAAGGUGGUGAGGGGUUUUGGGGCAUGAGGGGAAAUCUGAAAAAAAUAAACUUGCAAACUGCAGAUUAUGAAAA